GUAGUGUUCUAUUCCUUGUAGGCGUGCGAAGGUGUCUAGGCUGCACGAAGAUGAAACGGAGACAAGGAAGUAUAUGAGCAUCUAUCUGAACUACACACAAACCUACUCAUGCUCGUCCAAUCUCGUCACAGCUCCUGCUCUCUCCACAGGCUCGGCGUCCCAGAACUUUUCCCCGCACCUCGCGCACCUCCUACGCCCUGCAGCAGGCGGUUGCACCCCAAGCAGCCCCUGCUCGCGCGUCAGGAUGGUGCGCAGCAUAAUCAUGACGAAAAAGAUGGCGGUGUUUUUUCCCACCGUAGCGGCUCUUUGCUCAUCCCACUUUCUGUUUUUCGCGAAAGCUAUUUCGCAAACAGCCACCGCAACAGCCAGCUCCACGACCGAAUCUACUUUACAACAUAUCCUGUGCAAAAGUAUCGUACUCGUACUAAUUGCAGAUAUGCACCAUGACAAAUCCAACUUUCUACCUGAAAUAGCAUGACAAAUUGUUUUUCUUAAAAAAAUUUGCAAUGCAUUUUAUACUAGUACGAUGCUUUUGCAAUGCAUACAACAGCAAAACCGUCAAAUCGACAUUGACGCCAUCACCGAAUCGCGGGAAGCCACCGCUUCCGCAACAAACAGCAAAGCCGAAAACUUCGUUUUGGCCAAGUGGUCUCUGGUCUCCAAAUCCUUCGCGUUACUCGGAGAGAAGACCCGCCAGGUGACAAACGCGCAACAGGACCUGAAGCAACUGGAACUCGACAUGGACAAAGAAGACAACAUAUCCUGUGGAAAAGUAUCGUACUCGUAUUGCAAUCAUGCAUUACAAAUCUCUUUGUUAAGGCAAAUCCGCCUUACAAAUUUGAACUCUCAUGCUGAGGAAAUUUGUAAUGCAUUUAUACGAGUGCGAUACUGUAAUUUUGCAAUGCAUACAACAACCGGAAGCAGGCGGUAGCGAUCAUGAAGCAGGAGAAUGAGAAAAUAGUGAAAGAAAUCGCUUUUUGGAAGGAGAAACUAGCGAAGGAAACGGUGUAUGCACCGCAAAAUAAGCAUCGUACUACGUAUAAAUUGCAAUACAAAUUAGCCCAGCAAUACAAAUUGAAUUUGUAAUGCGGAUCUACCUCAAGAAAAAGAUUUGUAAUGCAUGACUGCGAUUAGUACGAGUGCGAUACUUUUGCACAGGAUACGCUGAAAAAUUCGAAAUCGUGGACGGCGCUGAACGGAACGUUGGACUUGACGCUGUUUAUCUAAUGCAAAAACAUCGUACUCCUACUAAUCGCAGGCGUGCAUGACAAAUCUAUUUCCCCAGGUGAAUCAGCAUUACAGGUGUCAUUCGUCACGCUGAAAAAAUUGUAAUGAACCGUUACUAGAUGCUCUCAAAAUUCUCAUGUGAAAAACGAAAAAUUGAAAAAUAUGAAACGAACAUUUUCCAGCGAUAUGCGCUGAGGUUUUUCGCUCUCCGACGGGUUUUCCCUUUGUUCCAAUACGACGAUCCACAAGAUGACGAUGAAGAUGAAGAUAAGACGAUGAAUAAAUAAACACACUUGAAAUGCUGUAGAUGCAAGCAGAGUAGUACGCCGACACCUUCCGCGGAUCCAGCAAGGAACUGAACGGCGUGCCGGGUUAGAAAUACCUCGACAAAAAUGCAGCAACAAAAACAAACAAGUAGAAGCACGGAGACAGAAGUAAAAAGUCGUGGGCAACGGAGCAGAAGCCGACCGACUGCCACCCGCGUCUUCUUCUUCUACGUAUUCGCCAUCUUCUCCACCUUCACCAUCUACAACGCAGUGGAAACCGUCGCGGAAGAAAUGCCGCUUUCACUAGAACAAGGACAGCAGACAGCAAUCGAUCGCAUAAAAGUACUCGGAGCUGCUGCGGGACAGAUUGGCGCAAAGCCAUGGAAGCGAGCACAGUGGGCGAAGAAGAUCAACAAAAGGCUGCGGGAAUACUCGAAGCUGUUCGACCCUUCGGAAUUCCCCUUCUUUGAGCAAUUGCAGGAGGCAGCGCGGCACGUGUCCGAGAAAAACAGGCAAGAAAAACAAGAGCAGAAAGACCGCAAACUGCAGAAGCUACACGGCGUGGUCUACGCAUAUUGGGACCACUGUGGCAGCUACUACAUCGGGUCAACCGAUGACCUCCGGCGCCGUUUCGAAGAACACCAGCGGGGCACGAGGCAGUCAGGGUGGAAGCCGGAAAAGUACCGGCGCGCCAUUGUCUGCAUCCUGGCCAUCAGAAUCUGCGCUGACGUAAGGGACGCGCGGAAGACGGAGGCCGCCCUUGUAAGAAUCUUCCAGCCGCCACUAAACAAGACGGGCAUCUACGAAAAAGGCGAAGGCGGGACAGAAGAAGAAGGCCGCGACGAGUCGGAGUGGCUAGAGAGGCUUACCGCGGGAAGCCGGGCGACAGAACAAAAAGCAAAAACACGACAACGACGGCGCCCCCCGCAGUGGCAGAGACGCGUAGAACUGGAAGGGCCGGCGACAACCUGGCUUCUCCAGUACUACGAACAGAAGUUCCGGAGCAAAGACGACACAGCAAGCAGCUACCACGAGCUGUACACGAAAACGCAAACGGAGAGACGAACGGAGGGCCCGCUCAACAUCUACGCACAGCCGAACUACUUCUUGCUCGCAAAGUUUUUGGGCAUGAAGUACACGAAGGUGGUGCGGCUCCUCUUCCUUCUCCACCGACGCAGCGAGUUCCCAGAGUACGACCUGCGGGAGAUAGUCGAGGGCGGCAGCAUCGUGCUGGGCAAGGAAAAGCUCCGCGCACGCAGCAAAGUCAACAUACUGCUGAACAGCAGGGGCGCACCAAGUCGCGCCUGCAUUGUAGCAGUGUGGCGGUACCGCUGGGAGCGACAGGAGCUCGCAAAGGUCCGGGGCGCAAUCCUGGCGGAAUCACGCCCACGAAUCCGCACAUACCUGGCCGAGAAGAUCACGCUGCGAAGGGUAAUGGCCCCACGGAUGCGCUACUACACGCGAACAGCAGUAGGCGCGGCCAAGGCGAUCACCAGCGUAAGCCAAGCAGUGAACUUCAAGGAGGUAAAAAUGGAAGCGGCCCCGUUUGAUCUGACCGACCCACUACCACCCGGACCGGAGUCCGUGAAGCACGUAGCAACGCAAACGCGGCUGUUGCAGAGAGCAUGCAACAAGCGAGUGCAAGUAAAGCAGAGCCGGAAGCAGUACAGGCGAGAGCAAGAAGCGCACCCGCUGCGAGAAGCAGAAGAGCACGCACAGAAACAGUUACAAGCGGGGCGGGUGUUGGUGCAGGUGGACAAGUGGAAAGAGUUGGGUCUUUUCGUCGACAGGUAUCUCUACCAGCAAAUGUGUUGCCGGAUUAUCCUCCGCGAGAAAAAUCUUGAAGUCGUGCCGAUGACAGAGGCGGAAGCGCUGAAAGCGGUAAACAGCUUGAUCCAGCAGUGGAACAGUGCCGAGGGGCGACGGAAGGAACACAAACUCGGGGAGAUGACGCAACUGGCCUACGUGUACAUCCUGCCGAAGGGCAAGAACUUGGUGGUGCAGAACGACAGCGCCGUCAUUUUCAAAGAUGUGCCGGAGGAGAAACUUUUUCGCAAAAUAGUUUCCCAGGUGCGGGCCAUCACAGGACGAAACCGGGCGACGCAGCGCAAGUGCGUGCAGCAAGUGGAGAAGACGCUGAAGAAGGUGCUGACGAAAGGCAAAGAGAAUUGCUCGCUGACCGAGGCGGCAAGUUCGUUCCAGGCAAAGGCGCAAAAGUUGAAAAAGUGCACAGGCAAGUGCGUGCGGUGUGGAACAGAGAAACCGGACGCCACGGGCCUGGUAGUCGAUGCCGUAGUCUUUUUCGAGCGUGUCAGGGUCCAGCUGAUGCGCGACAGAAUUGAUUACAUCAAGACGCUACCAAGGUGCGAACACGAAGAAGCGGAGAACUUGGAAUUUUUACUGUUCAACAUCACAGCGCUGAGAUUCAGCACACUCGGCAGCGCCUUGGUUCUGCGACAGGACCCGGAAAAGGGCACACCGAUCGGCGGGAUACCGUCCAAAGCUGCCUGCUCCGUCGCGAUGACAGCAGCAGAGGACCACGCCUUCCGAACCGGGAAAGUAAAGCCGAGCGAGUUAGCGAUGGAGCGUUUCGUCGAUGAUUCCGCGAACUUAACGACCUGCUUCUGCCGACCCUGCCUCGCCGAAAUUGUCGAGGACAUCUACGACGGGGUAGAAGUAGAAGUCGACAGAAUCCUGGAGCAAGCAACGAGCGACGACAGAAUGAUCCGCAGCAAGGCAAUACCGCUGUCAAUGAGGUGGCUAAACCUUGCCACAGACAUAGAGAGCACGGGGCCCGGGUCACGUGUCGAAGUAAGCACGAGGCCAGUCCUUAAGCCGCUAGGCGCGCGGUUUCGGGACAUGACCGACGUAGAGUACUACCGCUCAGUUUUCUUCAGCAGGUUCAACAACAUCGCGCAAGCAAUCACUGCCAAAUUCCUCCAAAAGAAAAACACCGAUGACACAGAAGAUCCCAAGCGAAUGAGUUCCACAGAUGUAUUGACGGCCCUCCAUGUCUUUCACGAUCUGAAACAGUGGCAACAGCGAGGCUUUCGACUACAGACAAUUUUGACAAUAAUCCGAUGCAGCCGCAAGGUUUUGUUUGAACGGUCUCGAGUUUUCAACCUCCUAAUCGCAUUGAUCAAGGCAUGCGUAGUAGCACCAAAAACCUUUGAGGCAACUUAUGAGCUAGACUAUCUUCUUCCACAUCGUAACAAAAAGAACAACGCAAACAACAACGACGCACGACUGAGAUCCAAGAUGGCACCGAAAGACCACGAACUCCUGAAGCCCGGCAAGGGACGCGACGAACACGUGCGUGAGGAGUGUCGCAUUCUUGAGCUUGAGCGGUUGGUCCGCGAAGCCAAAGAAAAGGAGCAGGAGAAGAAGGCGCGGGAAGCGGAAGAGCGGAAGGGGGUGUACAUGGGGAAGGCGAUUUCGGACGGUCUGGCGUCAGUCUAUGGUCUGAACAAACCCGAUGUUGUUGCGAACAAAGAGAAGGAAGAAAGUUCCGAGGUGCUAAGGCUGUUGCAGCAGAUGCAACAGCAACAACAGAACCAGCAGCAGCAGAUCAACACGAUGAUGUUCAGCCAGGGUGUCCCGAAUUAUGCAAACAUGCCGGCACAGUUUGGACCCCCCAACGCCCAGAUGUACUACCAGAACCCGAAUCAACACAUGAUGCCGAACUACAUGCACAAUCACAACAUGAUGCACCCCCAUGCCCAAUACCAAAAUCAACCCGUUCCGCAGUACCCCGCCCAGUACCAAAACCAACCCUUCCCGCAGUACAACCAGCAACAGCAGUUUCCUCUCCAGCAGCAGUUCCCGCAACCUGGUCCUUUCCAACAACAAGUUCCGUUCCAGCAACAAGCCGCUCCGUUUCAGCAACAAUUUCCCUUCCAGCAACAGCCCCCGUUCCAGCAACAAGGCCCGUUCCAGCAGCAAGCUCCUUUCCAGCAACAAGGCCCGUUUCAGCAACAACAGGGAUUCGCUGGUGGAGGGGCUGGUGGAGGUGCAGGUGUUGCCGGAGGCGCAGGUGGUGGAGCAGGAGGUGGUGGAGCAGGAGGUUUUGGAGCAGGAGGUGUUGGCGCAGGAGGUGGCGCAGCAGGAGGUGGUGCUGGUGGAGCCCCCGCCGCAAACCAAAACCUACAGCCUGCCCCCCAAGCAGGUAUCAACGGCGCACCCAUCGUGCAGCGGAUUGACGGCGUUGACGUGCACUGGGGUGCCGGGAAUGUGGACGAUGACUACCAGAAAGGAUGGAUUUUCUCGAUUAUGUCUCCUGCGGCGCGAAACGACUCCCAUUUCGCCGCGGCGGGGAACGACAGCAUCGUGGAGAAGCUCCAAACCCUCACUGUGGCGCGUCUGACUACCAUCCUCGGCCGCAUCCACGACGACCGGAAAAACGCAGCAGUGCAGAACGACAACAACGGGCAGCAGUGGCCUGCGAACCAGGGGGAUCGGGCGCGGUAUAUCCGGGCCUGCUUCCGGAGAAACCUCAACCACCUGCCGAUCUCACCGCCCUGAGUGGGGUUUGUUUGAGAUUGUAAAACACGAUGUUCAUGCAAGCGAUAUAACCUCCCCGGCAAGUGUGGGCAGCGAUUCAACCCCCGGAGCUUUUUGCACUUUCCCGACGCGGAUGUUGUUCGUAGCACGGCUGUACACGCGAGUAGUGGUUUGAUGUUGAUCUGAUCUGCGAGUGGUCUUGGAAGUUUUACGCACGCAGAUGGUAACGUGCAGAAGCUUGUGACGUUUGAUGUUGCAAUGCAAGUGAUGUUGUCGACAAGAUGGUUAUUUUAUUUUCGUUGAAAUCAAAAGAAGAAGAAGAGAUGAAGAUGAUGAAGAUGAAGACGAUCUUGCGAAUUUGUAAUGCUAGAUCGGCAACUUGGCGCACACUUCGCAACUUUUCGCAAACACACUACAAACAUCUUCAAACCCGACGACCCCAAUGUCGUAACUUCUUCAAUUUUUGAAAGCAAAAAUCUCUUCAUCGAUGCAGGAACAUAGAGUCGAGAAGCACCGCUCAAAGUACGUCGCGGUAGGGUGCAACAGCAAGAACAAUUUUUGGACUUUCAUAAUCUCGCCGUGCUGUUUUUUGAACCGUUACUAGAUGCUCUCAAAAUUCUCAUGUGAAAAACGAAAAAUUGAAAAAUAUGAAACGAACAUUUUCCAGCGAUAUGCGCUGAGGUUUUUCGCUCUCCGACGGGUUUUCCCUUUGUUCCAAUACGACGAUCCACAAGAUGACGAUGAAGAUGAAGAUAAGACGAUGAAUAAAUAAACACACUUGAAAUGCUGUAGAUGCAAGCAGUGUAAUGCGAUUUGUACUACCUAGUACGUUAGUUCUAUUGCAUUUCAUACUGUUUAAGGAGGAACAGAAAUUGCUCACGUUGGAGAGGCGAAGGAGUGAGAAGAUCAAGGAAUACAAGGGGAUUUUGAAGGAAAUGGAAACCGAGAAGGCUUAUCCUGUGCAAAAGUAUCCUACUCGUAGUAAUUGCAGUCAUGCAUUACAAAUGUUUCUCCUAAGGUCAAUCAGCAUUACAAAUUUUAUUAUCUCAUGCUGAAGAAAUUUGUAAUUACAUUUAUACGAAUACGAUACUUUUGCAGUUCAUAAGGCUGAAUUGGAAGAGGAAGUGGGGAAUUUCAAGGACAAGGUAGAAAAAUUGAAGCGAGGAUGAAGAUGUGUUGAUCUGUCAUGCAGAAAUUUGCAAUAAAAACUGAAUUUGUCAUGCAUGGCACAAAUGUGCAAAUGAAAAUAAAAAAAAACAGCUGCUCACCCGCGACCCGCGAACGAUCGAUCAGGACGAAAAGGAGGAAGUCGAAGAGGAGAAUGCAAACACCGAGCUGCAACUGCUGCAACAGAAAUUCGGCCGGAUUCGGGAGAAGUUGUUGCUGCAAAUUCAGGCGGAGAAGGCACGAGUGUAUAAAAAGCAUAUCAAAUGCAAAAAUGUCUGGGUCUGGAAGAUUGCGCGAUUUGUCAUGCUUGUCUGGGAUGACCAAAAAGUUUGUGAUGCGUGUCCAAGAAGAGACCCUUUUGUCUGUCAUGCGAAAACGCAGUUUGUCAUGCGAAAAACGCAACACAACGAAACGCAGAUAUUUCUCAUGCUUGGCUGCGCAUUACAGAGCACUCACUAUAAUUCCCAACGCAGCAUUACAAGUUUCCAGACCCAGACAUAUUUGCAAUGCAUAAAGCAGUUGGAACUGCAAGAGGAAACAGCUCGGGAGAAACAAGAACGGGAGAGAAUUUCCGAAUUGGAAAGGGAAAAGAAAUUGGAAAGAGAAAAACUGGAGAACCUAUCAAAUGCAAAAGCAUCGUAACCGUACUAAUCGCAGAUAUGCAUGACAAAUCUGGAGGUUCCCAAGGUAAAUCAGCAUGACAAACUCCAUUUUCCAUUCUGAGGAAAUUUUUUGUCAUGCGAUUUAUACUAGUACGAUACUUUUGCAGUUCAUAGAACCAAAAUUGCGACAAUUUGGAAACGGAGUUGAAGCAGAAACUGUUGCGAUAUCCUGUGCAAAAGUAUCGUACUCGUAGUAAUUGCAAUCAUGCAUUACAAAUCUCCACCCCAAGGCAAAACAGCAUGACAAAUUCCAUUUGUCAUGCUGAGCUAAUUUGUAUUGCAAUUACU